GAACCCUUACAUUCAGUUUUCCUCUGAAAUGUCCGUGGCCAAAUUCCUAAAUCGUUCGUUAAAAGAUAUAACCAAAGAAACUAUGAAACGCGCUUGUCAAUUGAAACCAUUGGAACCCGAACAUCAACUAAUUCACCUACAAGCUGGCAUAAAUAUAGUAGGACGUAAUAAGGAAACCGGCAUCAGAGAUAUAAAGUGUUCAAAACAACAGUUGGAACUGAAAGUCGAUUUAGAUACCGCAAAUAUACGGUUAAAAGUUUUAGGUAUAAAUCCUUGUGGUGUAAAUGGUUUAAUGGCCCUACAGCAUACAGAAUGUGACCUCCAGCAUGGCGAUGUAGUGGAGGUUGUUUAUGGUCGACAUCCAUUUGAAGUUGUAUUUAAGCCAGCGCCAGAAGUUCAAGCAAAUAAUAGUAAACAACAAUUAGAAAAAUCUGAAAAAGUAUUAGAUGACCAAUCGGAAACCGAAGAAUCUGUUGCAGAUUCUUGGGCAUCAGUGGAAAAUGGGAAAAUGUUAAUUUUUACAAGUAAAGGGGUAAAGGCUUCAUCAAAAAUUGCUUCCUACGACAUAGAUGGUACCAUAAUUAAAACCAAAUCUGGUAAUGUGUUUCCUAAAACAAGUGAUGAUUGGAUGUUAAACUAUCCAGAAAUUCCUAAGAAACUUAAAUCUCUUAAAGAAGAUGGUUUUAAAAUAUGUUUCUUUACCAAUCAGGGUGGUAUAGCAAAGGGUAAAGUAAAUGUUGACGAGUUUAAGGUUAAGAUUAAACAAAUCAUUGCUAAGCUACAAGUUCCCGUACAAGUAUUUGUUGCUACCUCGGAUGGUUAUUAUCGUAAGCCAUUACCGGGCAUGUGGGAACAUUUAGAAAAAGAAAAGAAUCAGAAUUUUCAAAUUAAACGUGAACAAAGCUUUUAUGUGGGCGAUGCUGCUGGUCGUCCUGAAGUGGGUAAGGGAGUUAAUAAACGCCGAAAAGAUCAUUCAUUAGCCGAUAGAUCAUAUGCCAAAAAUCUUGGAGUACCCUUCUAUACUCCAGAAGAACAUUUUUUGGGUGCAAAACAAGAAGAAUGGAUAAGACUUGAAUUUGAUCCGACUGUGGAUACCAAAGAUUUGUCGUUACUGGAGCCUAUGGAUACAAAAAUUCCAUCAGAUGAAUGUGAAAUUAUUGUAAUGAUGGGUCUUCCAGGAUCAGGAAAAUCACAUUUCACACAAUACAACUUAGCGCAUCUAGGUUACACUGUAGCAAAUGCUGAUAUAUUAGGCAGCACUCAAGCCUGUCUAAAAAGCUGUGAGAAAUCUCUAAUGUCCAAUAAAUCAUGUGUUGUAGAUAAUACGAAUGUUGAUGUUGAAUCACGUAAAAAAUUUGUAGAGCUCGCUAAGAAAUAUAAAGUCAAUUGUCGCUGUUUUAUGAUGAACGUUUCCGUGGCGCAGAUCAAACACAAUAUAGCAUUUCGACAACUGACCGAUAACAAACAUUCCAAAAUAAAUGACAUGAUUUUUAAUAUGAUGAAAAAGAAAUAUACUGUUCCCACCCUGUCGGAAGGUUUUGCGGAAACUGUAAAGGUGAAUUUAAAACCAGAAUUUGAACGUGCUGAUUGGAAACGUCUGUACAAAUUAUAUUUGGUGGAAAAAUAAAAAAAAUGUUUUAUAAAGGAAUAAGUUAAAAAA